AUGUCUCUCUCCGUGAGCUAUUUGGCAACUCAAAAUCCUGUGGGAAGGGUUGUGGUGCGGCCUCGGGGAACCACCGUCGGCAGCAGCAACGGCAACCCGCAGACGCUCGUUUUCUUCAAAGACCACAUCCGCGAAUUGAUCGAGAUUUCCGGGAGCAGCACCGCUAACGGGACAGCAAAUGGUCCGGUAUCGGCGAGGACUUUCCGGCUGAGCUGCGAACGACUGCAGGUCGAAGGGCGACUCUGCAAUCCCCGCUUACCCACCUACGAGCCCAUCACGGACUCCAUAUUCUUCGUGGAGAAUGGCACAGCCAUUAAGCGCCUCGACAGAAACAACAGAAUUUCGCUGGUUGCUGGCAGCGACACACAAUCAGGCAACAAGGAUGGCUGUGGCUGGAUGGCGCGCUUCCAACAAAUCACUGCACUGAUGGCAGAUGGCAAGGGGAAUGUACACGUGUCAGACUACUCCAACGGGCAAUGCCACCUCCGUGUGGUGCUGGUCAGGACCGGCGAUGUGUACACCCCGAAGGCCAGGGGCAGGGCAUUGGGAUUCGGUACCACAUGGCGAGCACUGUCGUACGAUGUCGAGGCCGACAUGAUGGUGGGAGCCUCACCGUCUGCUAUCUACCACAUGGCACCGUACGGCAUUGAAUUCCAUAACCCUACACCGCCUGCGAUGUUUCGCCUGGUCGCCGGGGACAAGCAGAACUUCGCGGAUUAUAGACCGGGGAUGGACGGCAAGGGCGUGAUGGCACACUUCAAGUCUGUUUACGCCAUCUUGGCUGGCGCCAAUGGCCGUGUGCUCGUGGUGGACUCAGCCGUGGGGGACAUGGUAAAGCUUCGUGUGGUGGAUGCGGAUGGCACGGUGAGCUCAUUGGGGACUCUCGAUGGUGCCGGAUAUACGGAACUAAGUGCUGGCGUGCUGCCCCAGGGCGAGCUGGUACUGAGCUUGGACACCAAGAAGGGUUUUGCCGUGAUCGCAAUCAUUAGCGGCGUGAACUUCGUUCCUAGCAGCGAAAUCCUAGCUGGGUGGCAGAGACACCCAGUUGUUGCAUUGUUGAGCGGCUAA